CCGCGCCCAGCGCCCGCCCUUGCUAGCAGGCGCCUCCCGCCCCCCGCAUUGCUGAUGCUGCUGCUGGCCGACAUGGACGUGGUGAAUCAGCUGGUGGCCGGGGGUCAGUUCCGGGUAGUCAAGGAGCCCCUCGGCUUUGUGAAGGUGCUGCAAUGGGUCUUUGCCAUCUUCGCCUUUGCCACAUGCGGCAGUUACAGUGGGGAGCUCCAGCUGAGUGUGGACUGUGCCAACAAGACCAAGAGUGACCUCAACAUCGAGGUCGAAUUCGAGUACCCCUUCAGGCUGUACCAAGUGUACUUUGAGGCACCCACCUGCCAAGGGGACCCUAAAAAUAUCUUCCUCGUGGGGGACUACUCCUCAUCGGCUGAAUUCUUUGUCACCGUGGCCGUAUUUGCCUUCCUCUACUCCAUGGGGGCUCUGGCUACCUACAUCUUCCUGCAGAACAAGUACCGAGAGAACAACAAAGGGCCCAUGCUGGACUUUCUGGCCACGGCAGUGUUCGCCUUCAUGUGGCUGGUUAGCUCGUCGGCCUGGGCCAAGGGGCUGUCAGAUGUGAAGAUGGCCACGGACCCAGAGAACAUUAUCAAGGGGAUGCCUGUCUGCCACCAGACGGGGAAUACAUGCAAGGAGCUGAGGGACCCUGUGACCUCUGGCCUCAACACCUCGGUGGUGUUUGGCUUCCUGAACCUGGUGCUCUGGGUCGGCAACCUGUGGUUCGUGUUCAAGGAGACAGGCUGGGCCGCCCCAUUCCUGCGCGCUCCUCCCGGCGCCCCCGAGAAGCAACCGGCGCCCGGGGAUGCCUACGGCGAGGCAGGCUACGGGCAGGGCCCCGGCGGGUACGGGCCCCAGGACUCCUACGGGCCCCAGGGCGGCUAUCAGCCUGACUACGGGCAGCCCGCCGGUGGCGGUGGCGGUGGCUACGGGCCUCAGGGCGACUACGGGCAGCAAGGCUAUGGCCCUCAGGGUGCGCCCACCUCCUUCUCCAAUCAGAUGUAGUCUGGUCAGUGCAGCCCGGGAGGACCCCGUUGGUAGGCAAGAGCUCAGGAGAAGGACUGCCCCCCGUUCCCAUCCCUACACCCCAGGUCUCCACCCCUCAAACCAGGAGACCCUUAACUGUCUUUGCUGUUUAUAUAUAUAUAUAUAUAUAUAAUAUAUAAAUAUCUAUUUAUCUGUCUGAGCCCUGCCCCCACUCCACUCCCCUUAUGCAUUAGGGACCCGAUCUUGCAUGGGCCCCUCUCUUACCCCUACCCCUUCCCCUUCAUCCUUUGGCCCCUCUCUGUUCCCUGGCCCUGUGCCCUGAGGUUGGGGGGCUCUGUAAGGGGGACAGGGAGGAGACAGAAGGCUGUGUGGGGAGGGUGGGUGUGAGUUCAGGCUCUCCCCUCUCUCCCUCCCCUCCUCCCAACUCGGGCCUUGAUUCCUCUAGCAAUGCCUGAACAGGGGCCAUUAGGGAAAAUGCAACUCUGAAGAGAGGAGAAAGGCAGAGGCUGGGGGAGCUUGGGACCCAAGGUGGUCUUGGAGAGGACCUCUAGAAUGAACAGGGCUAGUAAGCAGAGGGGUUGGGUUCCAGACAUACUGGAUCUGGAGUCUGAAGAAGAAGGGUGCCCUACAGCAUUCUAGAAUGGGGCUUAGAAGGAAGCUGAAGGUGUGGUCCUAGAAGGGGUGGAGCUUUGGGUGAGGCAGCGGGUGGGCCCACAGUGGGCAGGGGUUGGAGUAGGACAGGGUUCUACGGAAGGAGUGUGACUUGGGACCUGGACACUUGGUUUGGAAAAACGCUAAGGGCGUGGUUCUAGAAGGGGUGGGGCUUGAAGCAGGCUGUGGGUGAGGCCCCAGAGUGGGCGGGCCUUGGAUUGGGACCAGAAUCUAUGGAAGGGGUGUGGCUUUGAACACUCCGAGAGACAGAGUUUGAUUCUAAAGGGGGCCGACCUUGGGCAAGGCAAGAAGUGGAGUUCAGGAAUGGGCCAAACUUGGAGUGAGGUCGUGGUCCAUGUUCUAGACAGUUCAGGACUUAGAGUGGGGCGUGCAUGGUGGUUUCUGAAGGAGCAGCCCCGGCCCCGCAAAGGAGCAGUGAAGAAAAUGUGUUUUAAAGUGGUUGGGCUUGGCAGUGGGGAGGGCGAGGUGAGAGGCUUGGUUAGGAGCUGAGGGAUGGGUUUCGUUAGGGGUAGGGGGGAAUAUCCUUGGCCAAGGCUGGGGACUGAGGAGGCCUGGGAAGAGCUGAGAGAUAAGACUUGGAGGGUAAGGGGUGGGAUCCAGAGAGAGGCACCCCCCACACCCUUGCCUACCCCGAGAUGGGACAGCUAGGCAAUCAGAGGACAGAGCCAAAGGGUCUGUGGGGCCGACCUACCCUUCUCCACCCCCCCCCGGCCUCCUCCCUCCCUCCACAUCCCCAUCCGUCCCGGAGUGGUUGGAGGCCCGGUCUGGAGCCCCUAUCCUGCACCCUCUGCUGUGUCUGUGACGUCGGUAGUGCCUGUGCUUGUGUGUUGCCAUUUUGUCUGGCUGUGGCCCCUCCCCCUCCUCUCCAGACCCCCACCCUUUCCCAUGCCCUUCGGUAUUGUUUGAAGACUCCAUCCCCGAGAAGGAAAAAAUAUGAUUAAUUCUUCUCCCCUAAAUAAACUCCUCAACCACCUAGUCCA